AUGCCGUCGUCUGUUACUGCGAGCGUUGCUUACCUGGCCCUCUCCAUCUUCGCAUCAAGCUCUACCGCAUAUCCCUUCACUCAACAACCGGCGAACGUCGAUCAGACACCUCAAUAUGUCAUCUCCGCAACAUCUGGUCCCGAAGGUCCUGGAUGCAACAACGAUAUCAUCGACUCCAUGAUCUGGAAGGACAAGUUUGUCUCGAACGGAUGUGUGGCCCUCGAUGCCCCCGCGUACUGUUUGAGUUGGAACUCGACCUUUGCCAGUGAAGAAGUACAGGUCUUUGAGAAUCACGGCUGUCGAAGUGGUGGUCACCCACACGUGUGGAAGUCCGAGGCCGAUGGAAAGGUCGUUCUGCAGUCCGCAGCGCCGAUUUACAGCUUUCUUGUGGGGUCCCCCAAGGAAAAGACGGCUACGUCGAAAUCCAACGCCUAUCGAUGA